AUGUCCACCCAAUUCUCCAUGUUACUUUUCCUUCUCAUACCCUACUAUGCUCUCACCCCUACAACAGCAGAAGAAAAAACAGGUUACCUUGGUUCAAUAGACCGCAAGUUAUUGGGUUUAGAAAGCAAAGAAAAAAUUAGCCAUUUCAGGUUCUAUUGGCAUGAAAUUUUCAGUGGAAACAACCCCACUUCGGUUCCAGUGAUUCCACCACUCCCAAAAUACAACUCAACCACUUCCUUUGGUAUGUUAGAUGUCUUCGAUACCCUUUUGACAUUAGGACCCGAAUUGAACUCAACGGUGGCGGGAAGAGCUGAAGGGAUAUAUGCCGCUACGUCUCAAACGGAGUUAGAUCUUGUAGUGAUUAUGAACAUUGUGUUAACGGAAGGGAAGUACAAUGGUAGCACAAUCACGUUUGUGGGAAGGAACCCCAUUUUGCAAAAGGUGAGGGAAAUGCCCAUUAUUGGUGGCACUGGUCUUUUCAGAUUUGCUAGAGGGUAUAUUGAAUCUAGGACUCUCUCUACUGAUCCCCAAACAAGGGAUAAUACAAUUGAGUUUAACAUUUAUGUUUACUAUUAA